AUAGCAGAACAUUAUUUAUAAUAUUUAAUGUCGUAAUUAUAGAUAAUUGUUACAGUGAAAUAUUUAAAAUAUGGGGAAAAGAAAAUACAACGAUGAUUCCGAAGAAUCUGUCAAAAGAAGCAAAAAACCUAGUGCCUCUGAAGACGACAAUGAACAAAAUGAAGAUGCACAACCUCAAAGUGAAAUUAAUGCUGAGAAUGAAAAUAAAAAGACGAAAAAGCACCUUAAUUUUGAUAUUAAACACUUCCGAAAAGAGUUAGCGGAAAAACAGGGACAGACAAUGGCUCUCACACAAUUUCUUCAAGUGUGCCUGAACCCAGACAGUGACAUAGACUACUUAGCAGAGUACCUUAGAGUGGGAGGCAAUUCACAUGAAAUUUUGCGUCAAAUAUCAACAGACAACAAAAAGAAUCUAUCUCUCGCCACACCUACGUUUCAUAUUUUUCACUUAAUCAUUCUUAAGGUACAAUCAUCAAUGCCACAAAUGAUUAUGAUAACCGAAGAGGCUUGUCGCUACUUCUUAAACACCUUUAUACCUACCGUUGAGAUCAUGAUUAGUGAGAACUCAGGGCCUCGGCACAGAAAGAUUAUACUCAACUUACUAACCUCAAUGGUCACAAUGAGCUCUGAUUUAGGUGUCGAAGUACUAAAUCAGCUACCGUUAACACCUAAACAUUUACAAUAUAUUGUUGAGAAACCAAAUUACAAAGAGAAAGACAAUGUGAGGACAGCUUUUGUACAUUUCAUGACUUCAUUCCUUGUUGACGGUCACUUACCGCUAAUUAAAGCAUUGCUGGAAAAGCAAGGAUUACUUCCAUUAGUAAUACCUGGUUUAAUACAGGAUGAAGCAGAGGCUGUUGUUAUGUUUCUCAAUAUUUUGGAGAAGAAUGUUAUCAAUAAUACAUUAAUAUCGAAAACUCUGAAACUCAAAACAUUCAGUCAUCAGGUGCUCCACAAUUUGUUUAAAGUGUUUAAUUGGAAGGGACCUCCGGAAUUAAAUAAUGAUGUACGAAAUGAGUCGCGCCCAGAAAUUCUAAUUUUAUUGUCAAAAAUAAUAAAAACAUUGUUCACAUCUCACAAACUUGGAUUGUAUUUUGUUGAUCCAUAUCUUGGUACGGGCGAGACGAACAAGAAUCAAAAUUUAUACAAGGCUUUGCUCAGCUUAAAAAGGCCCUGGGAGAAUAAUUAUGAGUGUGACACAGUUCUUGAGAUUGUAUUUAAAUGUCCUGACUUACACAGAGCAGUUAUUCAUGUGAUUGAACAAAGUUUUCAACCACAACAUUCACCGAUCUGGGAAAAAGCGACGGAAUUUACGAUUGCACUCGUUAAUAAAUUGCAACCGGAAGACAUGGUACCUCGUUUACAGAACUUGAACUCAAUGCAAACAGUGAAUUUUAUAAGAUUUGUGACGUUACCUGUACCAUUACUGAAGUUAAUGCAAGCAAGUAUAGGAACAGAUCAACAAAUAUCAUUAUACAGUAUAAAAGUGCUAGUAAAGAUGUUGCAAUCACUUAAACGUUUUAUGGCCUUGCUGGAGUUGGAAGAUUCCAAUAUAAAAUUGAUGGAAUUAAGAAGUAAACUUGAGUAUUUUAUUCCGAAGCAUGUGCCGGCGCCAAACGUCAUUGUUUCAUUAAUAAAUGAUAUAACAAGUGGUAAUGAAAAGGAUGAAGUCUCUCAAGAUUAUAAGCUACCAAAAUUGAAUACAGCAGAUUCUCUUUUAUCACUUAUAGAUUUAUUAUUGCUCUACAAUUACACACAUCCUGCAUUCUUUGAAUCUCUUGAAAGUAGUAUUGACAUGAAAACUAUUUUGGAUUUUACGAAGACAUUAACGUCAGGUCAGAUUUCCCUUUUGAAGUUUAAAGUCGUGUCCUUGUGGUUGAUUUUGGAUGAAACAGCUAUAUCUCUUAAAAAUCCAAUGUUUAAGGAUCUAUUUCUUAUCAUGCUGGAAGUUUUUACGAGUGAUGAAGAGGACACAUGGAUAGAAGCGAAAGAAACAUUACACAAUUUUUUCAAGAACACUGAAAUUUUCGAAACCGAUGAAAACGAAAUACAUUUGAUGUUGUAUUCUUUACGCAAUGCACAAGUUAACCCUAUAUCCAUUGUUGCUGAUGUAGUAGAAUAUGUUUUAAAGAAUAAAAACGAUUUGACUGAAUAUAUUAAAAAUCAAAUGGUUAAUUUCGAGAUAUCCGAUGAGAGUAAUGAAGCUAAUUUGGAUAAAUUGUUUAAUGAUCUAAUGAAUAAUAAAAACACAGAAGAUAGUAUGUUUUUGGAAAAUAAAUUGCCUUCUCCAUUCAUUAUUGGAUGCAUACAGUAUAUUCAAGGGAACAAAGAGGCCAAAAAGAGUUUAAAAGGAUUCUUAUCGUUGUUUAUAGCUAAUUUAUUGCAUUGCAAUUACUCUCCAGAGUUAUCGGAAGUUUUAAUUGGAGACUCGAAAUUAGAUGUCAGAAGCUAUGUGGCUGAUUGGACUACAAAGCCUGUUUCUUUACCGGAUACAUUAGUAAAAGAUGAAAUUUUGCUUAAAAUAUCGAACUCAAUCAUCAACGACGAAGACAAUAAUAUAACUGACAUAUUUCCAAUAUUAAUUAGUUCUGAAGAUGAUUACGACUUUGCACUAGAUAGUUUAUUUUAUAAAAUACCUCUACAAAAAUCAGACAGCACUCAACUAUUUAUUUGGGCGAAAUAUUUAAUGUUCUGUGCAGUCGGAUUAUCCAAAACUGAUGAACUAACCGCUGAGAAACAGAAGAAAAUCCUAACAUAUUUCCAAGUAAUAAUUGCGAUUGGAAAAAAACAUCACUUCAUAAGUACCGUCAGGAAUAUAAUUUUAAAUUUAUUCAAAAAUAAUCACUUCCUCAAAAUAUUUAAGGCAUUGGAUGUCAGUAAGAAAUCGUAUAUUCUCGUAACUGAUUUCUUGUUACAAAUUAUUACACAGAACAGAGAAAUAAUUGACUACUUGGACAGAAAACAUUUCGUUUUGCGUUCAUUCCAACAUAAAACUUACACGGAAAUUGUAAAGGCAUUUAUAAAAAUAAAUAAACGAAAAAAUGUAAACAGUGAUCAUACAAUAAAAGUACUAGAUAUUGUUGGACUCUCGAAAGAAAAUGAUACCCAAGUAUUUGAUCUAAUUUUUAAUACAGAAUUAGAGUCUUGUAUUAAAGAUGAUAAAGAACCCAGUGUGGUUAUGGAAAUAUUAAGAGUUUUAAUUGAGAAAUAUUCAAAAUCUAUUGACUUGGAACUAUCAGCGGAAAUUGUAACGAAAUCCAUGAAGUUAUACACGGACCUAAUAACAAACAAAGAUUUUACAAUUAAUUUAACAGGUUUAGAAAAUGCAUUAACAGAUUAUUUUGAAAAUAAACCACACCAAGUUGUGCAUGUCACAGAUGAAGAGUUUAAGAAAUUUUUCCAUGCAAAUACAAUACGAAAGUCUACAUCCAAUCUUGCUUUAGUUUUACUUAAAUUCAAUAAUAAAUUCUGUAUUGUAUACAAAGAUGAAAUAAAUAGACCAGAAAUAUUAAGUCAAAGAGAACUAACACUGCCACUUGGAAACGCUAUUGUGAAUCAUGGUCAAUUUCUCGCAAAUAAUAAAGAAAUCUUGGAAAAACUAUAUGAUGAAUAUAAGUCCAAUAUCAAUAAAUAUUUAGAGAAGCCCCAUAAAGCGGGACAGGUUUACAUAGCUAGUUGGAAGUUGCUGAAGAAACUUAUGACGGAAUGUAUGACGAUACCCGAUUGUAAAAAAAUAUUCUCCAAGAUCCACAAAUUCGAAGUCUUGGAUUUAAGUCAUGUAAAAUUACUCCAAGUUAUUUUAUACAAAAUUUAUCUUGACGCUGAAGAAAAUAAAAUUGAAUAUUUUAUUAAUUACAUUUCGGCAGUGCUCAAUGUAGUGUUGAAUUGUUUGAAAGAUGAAAAAAUUAAUGAUUUAGAUGAAACAAUAUCAUAUGUCUAUAGUACAACACAAAUCUGUAAGAUAAAACAAUUGGUUGACAAUAAAGAUGAAUUCAAAAAAGUAAUAGAUGGCGCGACUUGGAAGAAUUUUUGCAAAGCGGUUCUAAAAAGUGCUCUGAAAGUAAAAACAGCGGAUCAAGAUAAUAACUUAGGACCGAAACUUCUAUCAUUACUUACGGUAUUAGUCAAGUAUUUUUAUCCUUUUGAUCAUGAAGAUGUUGCUGUCCUAUUCGACAUGGUGACAUCGCAUUCCGAAUUCUUAAAUGUCAUGCUCAGUUAUCACAGUCUGGAGAUAAAAUCUAGGUUGCUCCAAUUUCUAUAUAGCCUUAUUACUUUGAACAAAUCAAUUAUGAAAUCACAGCAAAUACCGGUGUAUUUGAGUGCAUAUCAUGCCACGAAGAACCCUUGUGAUAGGUUGAUAUUAUCGAUUUUACAAUACUACGAAAGUAAUGGAUUACCUGUAAAUGAGUACAAACCUUAUCUCUGGGGAGAUUCAGCCGCUAACUAUUACGCUGUUAGGAAGAAGCGUACUGCCUCUCUAUGGAGCCAUCCUACACCGAAUCAAGUACUAAACUUAUUUGACAGAGAGAUUAUCGCGAAAACAGUACGUAACUUCCCAGUUGAGCAAAGAUUAGACUACUAUUUCGAGCUGCCUGAAACUUGCGAGUCACUAAAAGAUGUUACGAUUAAGAUGUAUUUGGAAAAUGAACAUGUGCAAAAAGCGAAGCUUGCCAAAUGUGAGGCCGUACAAGACAAUGAGUCAGUAAUAAAGGGUUUGUUAAAAAAAGAAGAAUACAGUACAAUUGUGAAUAAAUAUAAGGAGAGUGAUGUGUUAUCUGUGUCGCAUUUCAAUGAAGACGACGAGAUAUACGAUCCAGCUUUUCUGUUUCCCCUCUUAAGUCAUUUAUUAGCUCCUGGGUCUAUGGCGUCGUGUUUCAAGCUGCUCAGAACUGGUCUAUUAUCGGUCACGGUGGUGGCACUAGGUUCACACUGCCCAAUGAUGAGGGCUGCUGCUUACCAUGUGCUGCAUAGAUUCUGCAUGCUAUUGGAGUUGGAAACGAGACACAAAAAUGACAAGCUGCUGUUAACAGAUUUCGUCACGACGCUGCGCCAGAGUUUAACAAAAGCAAUGAAAGAUGCAGGCAAAGAAGAUAGUAUUUUCGGUGACUUGAAGAACCCAAAAUUACCAGCGAUUGGCGUGUUAUAUUUAGCCAAGGCAUUAACAGUUUGUACUGCGCCCUCCGAGCCUCUCUACAAACCAGUUAAUAACUUCUUAAUAGCAAAACAAUUUGUGGAUCUAUCUAUUGUCCCAGACUUUCUUAGUCUUUUCCAUGAUAAUGAAGUGGAAAGCCUCGAAAGACGACUCUGGAUACUAGACGUGAUGACGAAUGGCAUCAAAACAAUGAUUGACGUUGUUGUUGUAUUCAAAAGCAUGUGUUUAAAGAUGCUCAUGGAUUUCUACACGACGGUGCUCUGCGACAAACGGACUAAAGUUAAAAUUAUCAGAGUCAUAAAUUCAAUAGUCGCUAUACCAAAAGCCUUUGAAAUAUUACUCGAAGGGCACGGCCUUAUGGCGUGGUUACAUUCUAUUGUCUGGUACAUCGCUAAAGACGAUAAGGUAGUCGUUGAAAAGAUUAUUGUUUUAAUAAAAACUAUUAUCGAGAGUAUGAACAUAAAUACUUUCCACAAACAAAUGAGACUCAAAGUUUCUGAUGUUAAAGUUAAAAGCGACGUGGAAUACGAAAUAUUAAGUUUUAUUUACGAAAUAUUGAAUCAUGUGGAUUGUUAUGACGUUGACGAUGUUAUUUCUUACGUUAAUCUUUAUAAUUUAAUAUCUAAAAGGACUAUUAAGUUUUUGACAAAGAAACAGGUAAUAAAUGUUGUACAAAAAUGUAGUAAAAAAAUCAAAGGCUCGGAGAGCGUUAAGAUUAUAAGUCAAGCUUUAGUUUUGAAAAAUCCUAGUAUGUUAAGGAGCAAAAUUGUUAAAAAUGACGGUAGUAGAUUGGUAAGAGAAUUAGACAUGCUUGUUGAUGCUUAUAUUUCAUAGAUAUAAGAUAAUAAUUUAAAUAAAUACUAUUGUAUUAUAA